CCAACGAUAUUGAGAUGUUCAUUAAACAGAAAAAUAUGGUCGGUAAGGUGUCCUGCGUUUCUUGGGAUGGCACAGGAGAACUUAAAUGGACAACAUCCGGCUGUGAGACAGAGCAAAUCAACAACACCAUAAAGUGCUCCUGCUCACAUCUGACAUUCUUUGCAGUGCUGAUGAUCCCUCAGUCAGAUGCAAAUGAAACAGCGCCGCAUCUGGAAUCACUGACUCUCAUCUCUUCCAUCGGCUGCGGCAUCUCCAUGUUUUUUCUGUCCAUCGCUUUAUUCAUGCAUUUCCUGCUGCGGAAAGCCAAAUCAAAUCAGGCCACGAAGAUCUUGAUGAACAUGUUUGUGUCUUUGUGUCUACUGAAUGCUGCGUUUUUGUCAAACGAGAGCGUCGCUAACACACAAGACAACACUGCGUGCGUCUUCAUAGCGCUGGUCCUGCAUUACUCCAUGCUGACCUCAUUCACCUGGUUCUUCAUUCAAGCUCUUCAUAUGUACUUUUGGCUCAUCAGACAGAACGUCACCAUCACAAACUACAUGAGGAAGAUCACCGUGUUGGGCUGGGUGUGUCCAGCUCCAAUAGUCAUAGUUAUCGCUUCUGUUGGAGGUUACAAAGCAGUGAUCCUAAACGCAACGUCUGGAAAAAUCACACGAAUGUGCUGGAUUACAAAUUCUUACAUUCACUACAUAGUGAACAUCGGCUACUACACUUUAGUUUUCAUCUUCACGACAGGAAUCUUCAUCAUCAUCGUCACUAAGGUCGUUCAGGCCAGAAUCAUAAGAGCGACUGACGGCAAGAGAAAGACGUUCAGAAAGCAGCUGAUGAUGGUGUUGAGUUUGUUCCUGCUCUUCGGUCUGACGUGGUCUGUGAUGUUCUUCAGUUAUGGAGCGAUGAUCAUUCCCUCAUAUUACAUAUUCACUGUGCUCAACUCGUUUCAGGGGUUUUUCCUCUUCCUGUAUUACUGUCACAUUCACAAUGACGUUGCGGGUCAUUUCUCAGAUGAUCCAGAAAACACCGACUCCAACACAAGCAUCGCUCAAUCCAGCAUUAAUGCUGUGGAAAAUACAUAUAACUAG